GCACUGCAGAUUAACUCUUGUGACGCCAAGGAUGCUCAGUAUUGGGUCUGUGUAAGCAGCGUUCAUAGAUGCCUCUGUCAGCACUCAUUAAAGGAGCCGUGUCCCAGCGUGACCCCGUAAUUCCCCUCGUGCUUCUGUGCAGACCGAGCUCAGCAUCACCCAGUACAACCACCAGGGCCAGGAGAAGCACCAGCCAUUUCAGCUCAACCACACUGGUCCUUCUGUGACUGCGGAUGUGUCCGUCAUCUUCCCCCAGCACACAUCCUUCCCUGCGUGCCACUGCCGACCGCACUGUGACGGACACGCGCUCCUCAGCCUGUCGCGUUGCAGCGUGGAGAGCCAGGCCAUCCAAUCCAGCGUGUCGUGGUCUUAGCCGAGGGCGGGCUGCGUGUGCCGGAUGCAGAAUCUCUUCGAGCAGAACUUAGACAUGGCCACAGCUUUGCUCGCGGGGGAGAAGCUGAAGGAGCUGAUCCUACCUGGCUCCUCACAGGACGAGAAGGGCGGCGCACUCGCCGGCCUCAUGGUGCAGCUCAAGCUCGAGCUGCCCUUUGACCGGGUUGUCACCAUAGGAACGGUCAUCAUCCCCAUCCUGUUAGUCACCCUGGUCUUCACACGGAACUUUGCAGAGGAGUCGAUAUACUGCUACACCCCACACAACUUCACGCGUGACCAGGCGCUCUAUGCCCGAGGCUACUGCUGGACAGAGCUCCGGGACGCCAUUCCGGGAGUGGAGCCUGAAUUCCGGCCCUCGCUGUUCGAGCACAAGUUUCUGCCCUACGCCCUGCUGGCAUUUGCAGGGAUCAUGUACAUCCCGGCUCUGGGCUGGGAAUUCCUUGCUUCCACCCGCCUCACCUCCGAGCUCAACUUCUUGCUGCACGAGAUCGACAACUGCUACCACCGGGCGGCCGAGGGACGGGCGCCCAAGAUUGAGAAACAGAUCCAGUCCAAAGGGCCGGGCAUUAGCGAACGAGAGCGGCGCGAGAUCAUCGAGAACGCCGAGAAAGAGAAAAGCCCCGAGCAGAACCUUUUUGAGAAGUACCUGGAGCGGCGAGGGCAGAGUAACUUUUUAGCCAAGCUGUACCUGGCGCGGCACCUGGCCAUCAUCUGCCUCAGCUCCAUCCCUAUCUCCUACCUGAGCACGUACUACGCUCGCCAGAGGCAGAACGAGUUCACCUGUGCUCUGGGUGAGCCGCCCGACGUCAGCAGCGUGCCCGAGCUGCGUCUGAGCGUGAACUGCAAGCUGCCGGCUGUGCAGCUCCAGCGGAUCAUGGCCGCCGUGGAUCUGGCACUGCUCUGCGCGGUGAACCUCAUAAUCCUGCUCAACCUCCUGCACCUGUUCGUGGUGCGCAAGUCCAACUUCGUGUUUGACAAGCUGCACAAGGUGGGCAUCAAGACGCGGCGACGCUGGCAGAAGUCGCAGUUCUGCGACAUCAACAUCCUGGCCAUGUUCUGUAACGAGAACAGGGACCACAUCAAGUCUCUGAACAGGCUGGACUUCAUCACCAACGAGAGCGACUUGAUGUACGACAACGUGGUGCGACAGCUGCUGGCUGCUUUGGCCCAGUCUAACCAUGACGCCACGCCCACUGUGCGAGAAUCCGGGAUCCAGACAGUCGACCCCAGCAUCGACCCCUCUGUGCUUGGCGUGGGCGAGCUGGGAGCAGAGACGGUCAUCAAAAGACCCCGGAAAAAGAUCAAGUGGAUUCCCACAUCCAACCCUCUGCCUCAGCCCUUUAAAGAACCACUAACACUGACUCGUCUGGAGAACAGCAUCAAAGCAGACAAACCCAAGCCUGUACGUCGGAAGACCGUGGCGGAUAGCUUCAUCGCACCUCUACUGGACAACAAGAACACUCAAAACCCUCCCAAAGCCGCAGAAACAAACAAUGGAACAGAGAAGAAGCACACUCGUAAUUUCUCCCUGGAUGUCCAUCCAUAUAUGUCAAACAUCUCAAAGCCUAAAUCAGAAAUGACCAACCCCCAGCCCCCAGCUGAUGUCCACUCCAUGGACACUGUGUACCUCGACGGAGCUCACUCUGUAGUCCACAUCUCUUCUGCCCUCAGUGAAAAGAAUGAGCCCCCACCUCAGUCUAGCACCGCUGCCUUUUCCAUGGUAACCCUCCCCACCACAUCCUUUUUGAACGGAGGGACGGCUGGCUUACAUCUGCCCGGGUCCCCUGAGACCAUGGAGCCUGCGAAACAGCUCCCUGAGUCUGAGAGCCAGCCCGCAUCCUACAGCUGUAAGGUCUCACAUCCACUGCUCAGCAUCCACCACACUCUGUACGAGGAGGAGGAAGACGACCGGGAGCAUACAGACAAACUAGUGGAGAGACCUGGAGAGCUUAUCACUGCAGGAGAGUGCUGAUGGCGCACGCACGCACAUACACACACAUGAGUGCAAAUACAUGCAUG